AUGGCGGAGGGUGAGCGAAGAGAUAAUCCUUUCUCUUUUAAAACUUUUGUAAAAUCAAAGCAGGAAACAAUAGACGUGAAAAUUAAGAAAAGGAAAGACAAACAGCACAAUUCUCGCAAAGGGGAGAUUUGUCCAAAUGAAUCACCUUUUCCGGAAGUUACAGCUAAUAAGCCUGUUCAUAGUCAACAAGGUAAGCUACAACCAUGAAUCAUGGACCGGUGUGCGACAAACGCAGACUGCAGACUUGCAGACCUGCAGACCUGCAGACUUGCAGACUAGCAGACUUGCAGACUCGAAGAUUUGCAGACCUACAUUUUUUGUGACAGGGCUUUGGACUAAUUUUAUUCAUCCUCUGUUUACUGUUGGCGAAUCGCAAAGUAUGUCUGAGGCAAACAACAGCGCUAACGGGCUGCAAACACAACAGUGCCCGAUUCGACAGGUGACUGGAAAUCCUUGCCGUGGAAGACUUAACAUCGGAAGAACGGUGACCUAAACUUCAGCGAGAGCAGCGAAGAAGAAGACUGGUGGGAUCAUCGAGCGGCUUUAAAACGGAAGGACAUCUGUGAGCAGGAAAUAAGUCAGCACAGAAUUUGAUUGUCGGCGAAUUUCUGUAAUCGUCCAUCGUUCUGCUAGUGAUAAGCUAGCCGUUGUUCACUCGUCUUGCUUGUUUCGGGCUGAGUCUUAUUCCGGUCAAAGAGAGAGAAAGAGUGUCUGGCAAGGUUUUUAAUCAAAGAUUUGUAAACUCGUGUCUGGUAAAAUCUCCAAGUGUUUCUAUAUACACGGUUGUACGCACCUUAUAACUUCAUCUGCGCUUAACGAGUGUCUUUUGGUCCAUAACUUUCACUGAACCAACUGCUCCACAGAAUGUCACUCAUAACAAGUAACGCAAAAGAGUAUCGAAGUAUGAGUGCACAAUAAAUGUCACAAAAUCUACCCGACCCGUCCCUUCGAAAUUUUCUGUCUUCAUCACGUCAUCAUUACCUACCGAUUCCUCGCGGCCCCUGUUCAAGCAAAUCGAGAUUUUUUUCUGCCAUACUGACUGUAUAUUACAACUGUAAGUACUUUCCUUAAUAUACGCGCGAGUUACUAGAGUGCCUCCUCGGGAUUGAACCUGCGGGGGCAAUUAUCCCCCCCCCCCCCUCCCCGUGAGUUCCGAACGUCUCUGCAAGUCCGCAAGUCUGCAGGUCUGCGGUCUGCAAGUCUGCAGGUCUGCAAGUCUGCAGGUCUGCGGUCUGCAAGUCUGCAGUCUGCGUUUGUCGCACACCGAUCAUGGACAAGUUCAUACAUGCCAACCCUCCCGGAUUAUCCGGGAGUCUAGUGAAAAACAGAGAGUCUCCAGAUUUUAAAUCUCUAGAGGUUGGCAUCUCUGCAAGUUUUGGGGCACUUUUGAAUUUCUGGGGCGUUCUCCAAUUCACACAGGUCCAGUCCCUUCCGUCACCUCAUAAACAAUGUUGGACGCAUGUAUCCAGACUUUUUUUUUCCGAGUUUCAGCUUUGUGUAGGGAGAGGGAGGGAGAACUGCAAGAAAAUUUCGAAAAGGAUUUGUGAGGGACCUGAGAAAUGACAGAAAAAUAUGAAUAUUUCAGUACUGUCCCAAGGACUUUUGUCCAUGAUUGUAGGUGGUAGAAAACGAAGACCUAAGAAUAUGACCUAAAAAUGAACAUGCCCCUCAAAGUUACUUAUGAAUGUGAAGAAACGGCUAUAUCAACCUGAAUUGUGUAAGAAACAACAAGAUCUUCAUUUAUCAAUAAAUUUGACCAGGGUCUUCAUUUUCUACAAAAACCCCCCAAAAGGUAGAAAACUACGACCCUCCACAAAAUCAUUGAAAAUGGCUCAAAACGGCAUCUGGACACAAACCAAACCAAAUAUAUCCAAUAGUGUGACAGUCCAAAAAUUAAAGAAUUAAAGUUAAUCAGAAAAAAGGAACAAACCUCAUUUCAGUUAUCGGCAAAAAAAGCUAAUUUUCCAAGUUGGUGUACCACACAAUUUUAUAUGGUCAAGGCUUAUUAGACAGGGCUGUAUAUCCUAUCUUCCUUGUCUAUAAAGAAGACUAGAAAAUCUAACUACAGUUGAACCUCCAUUAAGUGGCCACCCUCUAUUAAGGGCGAGUAAACAAAAACCCAAAAUAAUAAUUGUAAAAGAAUGGGGAAUUACACCUCUAUUAAACGGCCACCUCUAUUAAGCAGCUUCAGCCAACUUUUGGUCUUCCCAACAAGAAUUCUUCCAGUAUUUUCACCUCUCUAAAGUGGACAUCAAGUGGCCAAAACACUCAGUUUGGCUUUAUUGCGCGCUCCUCUUGUCGCACGUAAUCUCCAGGUUGUUAUUAUGCAUGUGUCGCAUAUAUGUAGCCAGCAUUGGUUUUGACUUCCACUAAGAAUGAAUGGAAUGCCCUUAACGCAAUUCGAUCACGCACUUUUGGACCUUCUAUCGCUCGUAAUCUAAUCAUGCGUGUUUUGAUCAUCUGUCACAUAAAACUUACGUGAAGCACAGUGUUGGAGCAAAAGCAUUUUGACCUAUGAUCGUUGUCACCUGCACUCGGUAACCUUUGUUUAUGAUAAGUCUUAUAGCAAAAUGAUUUAGUUGUAUCAUGAUGUGUGUUUUGCAAACUUUGGGUUUUUCUGUUCCGUCAAUCAUCUUAGCAGACCUCUUAGAAAACACAUGUUUACUCACACGAGUUAAAAAGGUCAUGGUUCGUGAUUCAUGAUUGGUGGAUUUCGAUCUGUUGUGUUUGUUUCUUGUUUCAAGGUUGGUUGCUUUGUGAUUGUCCUGUUUCGGGCAAUAAUCAACUAGCUAUUAAAGUUUGCUUCGUAGAUUUUUAUGAUCUUUCUUAUUCUUGUCACUUCCUUUGACAAAGACUCCACUCACCAUCAGGAUUUUCUUCGCUAUUCUUGAGCAGUCUAGAGUCAUCCUCAGCCAAGCUAGGCAAGCAUGUUACAUUGUGAUUUGCCUUAACCCCACCUUCACUAAAAUGAUCGACCGAACAGAAAAACCCAAAAUCCCUUCAAAGUUUGCAAUACGAGCAGCACGAUACAACAAAUUUCGCGGUAAGAAUAUGAUGAAAGAAAAUAAAGUCCGAGAUAGAAGAUGCCAACCGACUGUGGACAUUAUUGUGGAGCAGUAAUGCUGUUCCCAUUGGUGUUUCUUUCAAAAUAAAGUGAUGUUUCUGCUUAAGAUUAUGCUAAUUUUAUGAUGAACCCCUAUUAAGCAGCCAACCUCUCCAUUAAGACGCCACUUGCCUGUACCUCAAGAGUGGUCACUUAUUGGAGGUUAAACUAUACCUAUUUACUGUCAGGUAGAAAGCAGAAUGUUUAAGUUAGUGCGAUCAAGUUGAAAUUACCCAAAUGAAUUCACUGUUUGCCUUUACAGGCCAUGUUGAUGUUAACCAAAAACCUGGUGAUACAAAUCCCUUCUCAUUCAAAAAUUUCUUGUCAGAUGAUCUGGCGUCAAGAAAUAAACGUGUUCUUCAGGUAUUUACAGUUAAUCGUUUUCUUUUAUUUUCUUGUCAUACACAUACCAAUAAUUUUCUGUCUGUAUGUACAAUAAUAUUAAAUUACUUCAUACAGACCCUAAUGUGGCAUAAUUGAAAUUAUUAUUCAUUCAGAAUAUUUCUCAAAUCCCAUGGCUAGUUCUUCACAACUAGCCAGAGUUCACUAAAUUUGGAAGUCAUUUUUCAUUACUUGGAAAAUGAUGUCAAUAGUACAGCAUAAAUGACAGAAAAAUAGGGGGCAAUUAAAGAGCACUGGGGAUGAGGUUGCAUUGUUGUUGUUUUGGUAAAGCAGUACAAAAUGGCGGAACAUUUCCCACACGUUUUGCGUCUGCCACUGUCCACAGAACUAAACAUCUUUUAAUCUCCUGAACUUGCCAAGAAACAUGCAAAUGAAGAAGGGAACUUAACAUCAAUGGAGGUAAGCAUGUUGAAGCUUGUUUUUAAACUAGGAAUUAUUUUGAAUGAAUAAUAAAGAAAUAUUGUAUUCGGCUUUCGUAUGAUCUGAAGAGUUAUAGAAGUCAACUCAGAGGGUGUUAUCCACCUCGGUCUAAUGAGCCUCUCGAUAAUUCUUUAGAUCAUACUCAGUCUCAUGCAAUUAUGUCUAAUUAUUAUUUCAAUAAUUAUACCAUGUUAGGGUCUAAUAGAUUAUGCAGAGUCUAAUCUAAAGAAUUGUGCAGAUCAAGGAGGACCAAUUACACUGCUCCUCAAUCUGCAUAAUCUGCAUGGGAUACCUAUAUGUAUUAUCUAUCUUCUACUUAUUAUCUUGUCUCAUACUUAAAAUGUUAUUAUACUGACAUCUUUCUCACUUACUCCAGCAGUAACUAACAUCUUUAAUAUUAAGCAGAGGCAUGUACAACAUGCAUGAGGUAUUUUGAUGUGUGUUUGUGGGGAGUGUUUUCUUUGCCAGCAAAGGUCCUUUAAAACCCCAGUAGCCUGUGAGAAAUUUCUCCAAUUAUGACAGGAUCUCUUAUAAAUUUUCAUUUCUCCUUCCCCCAGACAAAGCAAAAUAUAAUAUACGUGUACCAUUAACUGAAAAGUGACUCACCGUCAAUUAAUUUUGAUUGAUGACAUUCCUGGCCAAAAUUUUAGAAACAUGAUGCUCACGGAAAUCAAGAAAAUUACCCAGCUGUCUACCCUGACCCUUCUCCUUUUUCCAAGGAAGAAGACCAUUCUUUCAUUCAGUGAAAGAUUACUAUGGAUCACUGUGUGGUUGUUGUUGUUGUUUUAUGGUUUAGUUUAGAUCUCAAGCCCAGGGAUUAUACAUCAUAUGGCAGGAUUAGGCUGAAAAAAAAAUUCUCACCAGGAAGCCUUUCAAUCUUGUACAUAAGUUGUAAAUAACCCUUCACCACCUGCCGGGAUACGUAACAGGAUACAGGAUCAAGGAGAGGUUUUUCACACAGAGUCUUAUUUCAUUUCAGUAAAAAUACCGCGAGUCUCCAGGACUAAAUGAGUCCUAAAUGUGUUCAUUGCAGUCUUUACUAAGGAUACAGUUGUUUGCAAAGCCUAAAUCAGUCUGUGGUGUUUUGCAUGAAUGCAAAGCCUGAAAGUUCUGCAAGUCUGACUAUUACCGGCCGUUUACUAAAGAACAUUUACAACUAUUUUUUGAGUGUAAAUACUAAACAAUGUUUCAUUCUGGCCUGACCUGAAAGAAAGCCUCGCGCGUUAUCGAUUUUUGUGAGUUAAGCAAGUGUACCAGUAUGUAAACCCAGCAAAAUCUUUACUGGUUAGUGGCAAUUAUAGGUAAUUCAACUCACUGGAUGCACUUUUAAUUUAAUUCAAGGAAUUCAACUCAAGUUUUCAUUUUUUUACUCCAGAUUUCUCUCAAGUGUGUUGUUUUACACAGGAAAAGAUGUUAACACAAUGAUUACAAGUUUAUUUGCCCCAGUGUUGUAGAAAUACGUAAGUGAGAAUUCAUACGAAAACUGCUGCUAGCCACGUGAGUUAAACAAGGCAAAGUUCUGGAAAAUGUUCAAUAACUGACGUUUAGUUUCCCUUGUGACUUACAAGGUGUCAUAAAGCGCAACCAAAUAAUUAAAAGAGCGGCCUCUGAGGCGAUGUCUGCAACACCUAAACUUGCAGAAUGCGUUCUUUAGUUACACUUAAUAAUCUAUAGCCAAAGGUGAUUUCAAAUCACCAUAAGCUCAUUUGCAUAAAUGUUUUUGUUGGCCUAAACCUAGGUCAUCAUAAACCAGCAAAUCAGAAGGCUAAGGGGUUGCCAGGAAAAUGUAUUACAAUAGUUAAUCUGGGCACGUUGUUGUGUUUGUGAGUUUCCCCAAAAGGAAAGCAGCUGAUUUUAUAUCCAAGCGGAUACCUGGAAAAUCAGUCUUCUCAUGGAAAAAAGAAAACCAUUGCAGUGAUAAAUGUUUUUUUUUAAACAGCUGGAAAAGUGACAAAAUGUGAUUUCUGAUGAUGCUAAAGUAAAAACAGAAUGCAGUUGCUUUGAAGUAACACUUCUUUGCUGAAUUCAAGGAAUAUUGUAGAUCUGACUCAGGUUAUAGGCUAUGAUCCAGACCAGAAGCUCCAGGCCAAUUAUCUUCUUUUACAAGGCUUGUUUUAGUGCGGAUUGAAAUAUUUUGCUCCUUUUAGGAAUGCGUUUUUUUAGCCUGAUGAGGGUAUUAACUGGAAGCGGCUGAUACAGUUUUCAUGCUUUGCAAUUUCCGGGGUGGAAAUGAAAAUUUAUGAGAGAUCAUUGCAAGCUAUCCUAUCCUUCCCCACCCCUCGCACUCUUGUCCUUUUUUGCAUGCGGUUCUCGUGUGACCUCUUUUGACUCCCCCAAAUGGAGAGCUUGCUCGCAAUCUAGAGCACUAGCUUCAAUUCAAGCUCUCUUAAUGGACCGGCUGCCUAAACAAAAGCCUGUAUGAAUGCUUUGGUUACGAAAAUAUUCUUAUAAGUGGUCAGCUAGAUGCUUAGUCACUUUUUCUGAUUCCCAAGGGUUUCCACUUCUACUAUAUUAAAAAAAUGGAAAUAACAUUUGGUUAAAAAAUGUAAGUUAUUUUUAUUUCAGGCUUUUGUGAACGGGUGUCUAGAAAAUGAACACCCUACACACAAAAACAGAAACAAAUAACACAAAACUAGCCAGCUUCAAAAGACGCGGCCAUCAUCAUCGCUGACUGCUCACAUUUAUCACAGCUAUUUGUGUAUUACUUUCAUGUCAUGACAGUGUGAAAGGGUUGACAGUACUGAGCAAAGUCCAAAACAGAAACAGAUAUCGAGCGUCCUUAAGUAUUCACAAGACAAUCAUCGUGCCGGACUAUGAAUUAUUAGAAGAAGAAGAACAGGGCAUAUUUCAUAACAAAACAAGGUCUUACAGAACUUUAAAAGAAACAGCAUUAUCGCAUUAAUGUUUAGCAAAACAAGUUGGUUUUUUAAAAUUGCAAGGUCCGCAGUCCCAAAGUCAUUGCCAGUGAAUUUAGACUAGUGUUGAAAUCACCAGCUGCUUUAACUGGUGUAGUUGAGAUUUAAAGUUUCAAGUGCACAGUGUGCUUGUUUCGCUUUACAUGGAUUAAUGAUCUGAACGAUGGAGGAAAAUUACAAGUGUUUGUUUGGUCCAGUGAACUGCGGACCGCGAACUGCGCUAGUAGGAGUUAAUGUUGUUGGGGAAUAUUGCAGUGUUCCAGGUAUUAUUUUUGCGAGUCUUAGUUUUCCAGGUCUUACAUGUAGUUUUCCGGGUCUUAGGUCUUGGGUCUUUUUCUAGGUCUUUGUUUUCUACAGUCUUCCUUUUCUAGGUCUUUGGUCUUUGGUCUUCAUUUUCUAGACACCCUUUGUGAACACCCCCAAGCAUAAAAAGGACUUCUCGUCGUGUUUUUAAAAAAUGGUUGGAAAGCUCAAAGAGAAAGAGAAGUUGUUUUAAUUUUGUGAGAGGGCAACAAACUUGCCAUCUUUCCCUUUUUGUCAUCAGCACAAAGAAGAUAAAAAACAUUCUUUAAUAACAGACUGAUGAUAAUCCAUCCUCAGUUUUCUUGUUUUAGAUAAUCGAUGAUGAAGUCCAUGAAGUGAAAAGUGUUCAAGAAGACAAUCCACCGACUGUAAGAGCAAGCUCAAUUUUCAUUUCAGUCACAUUAUUUAUUAUUCAUUCAAAAUAUUUCCCUGAUUCUGAUUGGCUAAAAGCACACGCAUAAUUCACCAUAACCAGCUACUGAUGACCAAAUUUGGAAGAAUUUUGCGUUUAAUGAACCGAUGACGUCAAAAGUGCAGCUUUCUUGCAGGUUAAUGACCUGUGAACCGAGAAGACCUGUGGACGAGGUUGAGUUGUUUGGGUUGUGAAAACAAAAAAUGGUGGACAUUUCACUUGUUUCAAGAGUAUAUAAGAACUAGGGAAAAUAAUAGGAAGCUAAAAUCAUGGCAAGAACAGCAAUACCAUAACUCAUACCAUACCAUGGAAGCUGAAUGAACCCAAAACGUGCACUAUCAAAGAUAAACUUAACAUUGAUGGAUCGAUGGAGGUAAGCAUGUUCUAGCCAUGUUUUUAAACUAGGAAUUACAACGAAUGAAUAAUAAAACAAUUAUUGAAUUCAGCUUUUGUAUCAUAUCAAGAAUUAUGGAGAUCUCAGAGGGUGUUAUCUGCCUUGGUCGAUAACACCCUCCUCGAUCUCCAAAAUACUCAGCCUCAUUCAUUAAUUUUUUGUAAAUUAACUGUAGUUAGUAUGUACAGUGCUGGACAGAGAUUAUACUUAUAACGGUUUGUUUGAUCUGGCCAGUGAUGAAAAAGCAGUUUGAAUGCAUAUUACUCUAAUAAUUCCAUUUAAAUAUAUUACAUUUUACCAUUUUUGAAAAAUUAAAAAUACAUCAUAUUAUUUUACCUCAAAAAUUUUUUUAGGUAAAAUAAUGUUAUGGUUUGAAUUCAUAAUACCGUCAAACCCCGCAGUAUGGACACCCGCUCAAUACAGACUCCUCAUUGUAAUUCAGACAGUUUUCUUUGUCUCCAUGGAAAGCCCUUACACUUUCUCAUCCAACCCGCUGUUAAUAUGGACAAUGGACACUUGUGUCUUGCCCAAACAACAUGACAGAUAUUGCUCAUAAAAAGUCAACCUUGCUUUUGUGGACACUUCAUCAUCAACUGUGUGCUGUAAUGGACCUUUCCUUUUCAAAGUGCUAUAAUACCGGUACACCGUAUAAGAUGAAUUGUCGAUGUCAAUUUCCAGCUAUGGGCGAUUCCAGAAAAAAUCCAUACCAUACCACGGACGGCUUUAAGGAUUUCCGAAGGGGAGGGGGGAUUCACGAUUAUGGAAUUCUGAAGGCAUGGGGGGGGUAUUUACGAUUUGAAAUCCGAAGGUAUGGGGGAAUUCCACAGGUGGGAUUUCUGGAGUAGAAAGUGUAGAGUAAGUUCCUGGAAAACGCUAUUGUUGUGGACUUUUGUAGUUCGUAAAUAAACCACGAACGUAUGACCGCGGAAGCAGAAGACAAGCAUCGAUAGAUCAGACACGUGUUUACGCUCAUAACUUAUAGAAGUGAACAGUAAAACGUUGGUUUCACAUUUACCUUGAUGAAUUUCUUGUCACGUGAAUAAAAACUGAAAAUGUAUCUUUUAAUACCCCUUGCAAAUUUCUUGUUACUCCCGUCCGAAACCGUCCGAUAAACCUGGCGCCGCUAGAUCACAGCCUUGAGGAGGCAUAAAUUCAUGUUCGUUUGUUCUUAUAGGGGUUGCUAAGUCGAAAAUGUACUUCCAAAAAAACCCGGAAAUUCUGAAGGGGAGGGGGGGUUCACGACUAUGGAAUUCUGAGGGCAUGGGGGGGUAGCGCAUUUUGGAAUUUCCGAAGGCAAGGGGGGGUUAAAACAUGGAAGCCGUCCGUGGUUGGGUAUGGAUAUUUUCUGGAAUUGCCCUAUGUAACAAUAAAUUAUUCCACGAGGGCGCGUUGGAUAUGAGAUGAUAGAUAGCCAACGAGGCGCAUAGAGCCAAAUUGGCUAUAAUCAUCUCAUAUCCAACAAGCGCUAGUGGAAUAAUUGUUUUAUUAAAAACGCCCACAAAAUCUCGUUGAAUCUCCCAGACUAGAACAAACCGGAAAAGACAAAGGCCUUCUGCUAUUCACAUGUCACACGUCUAUCAAAACUGUCAACGCGCGAAAGGACUCGCCUGGACUGCAUGAAUGAAAAAUCAAAACAUUGUAGCGAUGAACAUUAGUUUUUAAAAAACUCAUCGGGAUUUUAGGAUUUUACACAGCAGAACAGCUAAAAAAAACCUGGCAGAUAAUGUGAAGGAAAAGAAUUUUUAAGUGACAGCUGUUGAAAUUACUGUGAAUUUGGAUUUUCGGUGCAGUUAUAAAAGUAAGAACAAAGGAGAAAAACUAUUACCUCGGUCGCUUACUAUGAAGUUGUUUGAAGCCACAAGCUGGUUUUGCUGAACAAGGAAAGAAGCUAUACUACCGCCUCGAUUGCUCUAGUGAAUGGCUGCAUAGCCUGUAUUUGUAGCUGGUUACUUGUGAUUUAUAUUCUUGAUGUCAGAUAAACAAGAAGCCACAGUUAUCUAUCGGGGAAUGACUCGAUCGGCGAAUGGCUUUACGAUCAUGAAGAAACAACACUUGUCUUCUUUCGUAGCUGGUCAAGGUACUUUAGUUCCAUGUGUGUUUUCGACAAACUUUCAAACAAGCUCUUGUGGCUUUUUUGUUUGUUUUUGUCUUUUUUCUUUCGAUGAAAUUGCAUUUCUAGUAUUCUAAGAAAUGAAUUAAAACGAUUUGCUUCGGUUCUAUCCUUUUCAGCUACCUUCCAAUUUUAAACUGACGCGUACACCGACCAUAUAUGGAGAGCAUGGUAUAAUAGCUCAUAUACCAUAACGGCUAAGCCAAUCAAAAUGCUAGAAUUGCAUUAUCCAAUGAUUCAGUUUUUAAUAAUAUAUAAAUUAUAUGGCAUGACAUGAAUUAUGCAGAGAACGGUUUUGAUUAAGUAAUGUAUAGAUGAUUAUAAUUUUUUAGUGUUCCUGUGGGUUUUGUCCAAACAAUGACAGCUUUGUGAGAAAGGUGUCUUUUUGACUUUCAUAACAUGACCCACUUAAUACAGACACCCAGUUAACACAAACACUUUCUAUUGCCCCUUCAGUGCCCGUAUUAACAAGGUUUUGACGUAUUGACAGAGUUCUUCUUCAUUGCAAAUGUACAGGAAGAGAAAGACAAAGAUGUUGAGUUGCAACAUGAAAAGACAACAUCUGAGGAAACAGAUUCAGAAGGCACAGGCUCGGACACAGACAGUGACUCAGAACAAAUCUCAAGUGACCGCUCACCAGUGUCAGGCAGUGUACACUACUUUAUCGCCCCUCUUGACAGCUCUAGGUCUCAGGCCAUGGUAAUUGAGGAACUUAACCAGGUAGGUAGAAUUUUAAAUUCUCUAGACUGAUCUCCAUACAUUUCUUUACAGGAUAAGUUGAGAAAAUUUGAUAAAAGAUGAAAGCAUUUUUGCUUUGGUGAUCAUUUUAUUGAUUCUCAUUACCUUUUCUCUUGAUUAUGUACUGGUAUUGUCAGGAGAAAAUUGUUGUUGGUCACUUUUGGGACUAAAAGGAUUAAAGUGUCUUUUUCAGAGAGUAGAAGUAUUAAACUGUCAAACGGGAAUGUUGAUCAUGUACUUGCUUAUUAACCCAUCAUACUAAAGAUUAAGAGACAUGGAUAGACAGGAAAACCAAAUAUAUUUAUUGCCACUGCUCCUUGUGGUUUAGUUUUGUGAUUGGCUAUUUCAUUGCCACAAAAUUACAUUCCAGAAAGAUUUUUUUGUUUUCACAGGUCUCUGAAAUAAUUAUUCACAGUAAAGACCUUCUUUGAAAAAACUGAACAAAUGGCUAUAUACUCUAGUUUACUUCAAUAUCUUAACAUUCUAGUUUGUCAUAUGAUGUGGACAAAAUUUAUCUAAUGCCUGUUUAUAUCAAAGGUCCAUUGAAACAUCUAUAUUCUUCCAACACCUAAUCAGUAUGUUACAUUGUUUUUGCUCUGUUUGGCCUUCCUAGAUUCCUGGAUUUGGACUACAGCUAUUCUCAAUUUUUUUUUUAAGAAUGAAGUUUGCAGUUAAUUCUACACAUAGUACAGAUGAAUGUUUACGUAAAUAUGUUUUUCAGUUAAAAGAAGAGAAUGAGAAACUGAGGAAAGAUUUAAAAGUAUCAAACCAAGCAAGAGAAGAAGACAAGAUAAGGUGACAGUGUAUUAUUACUGUAAUCAAAUCAUGUAGAGAUCAGUAUGUAAGCAAUAGUUUUAUAAUAAUGAUAAUAAUAAACUUAAGCAACAGAAUGUACUUAAAAGUAGGUUGAGUUUGAUCGUCCAGGUGAACGUAGUCCUGAAUAGGACUGUUGUUGUUUACAGUGACUGAUGUUGCGACAACCUGUGCGGUAGUCAUCUUCAGAGUCAAAGUGACUUUGAUUCUGAAGAUGACUACCACACAGGUUGUCGAAACGUCAGUCAGUGUCAACAACAACAGUCCUAUUCAGGACUACGUACACCGAGACGAACAAACUCAACCUACUUUUGAAAUGACUCCUGUGUUCAAACCUUUCACAGAAUGUAUUUAAUCAAAACAGAUGAACAUGAAAUGACUCCUUCAAAAAAGGUAGUUCAACAGAACUGUCCAUUUAAUUUUGCAAACAUUUUUGUCAGUCCUUUAUGUUUACUGAUCUCGUUGUCCUGCACAAGUUGAGCAGACAGUUGUGUGGUUAAAAUAAAAAUUUUCUCUUUUGGUAAGGUAUUAACUUGAAAUUGGCAUUGAAAAGCACUUCCAGAGAAGAAUAUGUUAAGCAAAGCACUAUAUAAUUCGGAAAGGAAUCCCAUUUUGAAGAAAAAUAUUAUAUACUACAGGUGAAAAAUUAAUGAAGUUAUUCACCCUCACUUCUAGUUUAAUAUAUACUCCCUGCUUUCCAGUUGCGACCCAUCAAGCACUAUAAGCAAGUCCAGAUCUGUAAUAACUAGUAAAUUUUAUAACUAACUAUUUCCUUACAUUUCAAAAGGAUUGUUAGUUUGCAAAAAAAGCUAACAAAGAUUGAAAAAAGAGAAGCAGAUGAGACAGCAGCCUUGGAAAAUAUGGUUCAGAUGGUGGAAAAAAACCUGGAGCUCACUACAGUAUGCAUUUUUGCAUUUCAUCUUCAUAACUGCCAUUCCUUACCAUUUUCACUUAUGCUGGCGUGUUAUCUAGUCCCAUAGCUUGCAUCAAGCAUGAGUAAAUAGCUUCACUGAAACCUUACUUUCAACUGAGUAUAGAGGGAAAGCAUUCAGUGUUUUUUAAGAUAAAACAACACACAUUAUGUAGUCACACCAAACAAGUCUAUGAAGCACUUAGAUACAAUAUAGCUUGCUGUGAUGUUGUGGCUCAAACCUUGUUGCAAAUAAUUUAUAAUUAUUGGAUGAAGUUGAGCAAAAUAUUGUGAUUUGUCAGUGCAUGGCAAGUAAAAUAUUAUUAUUAUUGAUCUGCGAAACACUGACAAAUCAUGAUAUUUUGAAAUAGUGGAGUUCAAUAAUUAUUUUAUCAUUUGAUGGCCUAGUUGGUUUUUAGACCGUUAUUUGCAGGCAGUUAUUUGUAGGUAACCUUGUGGGCUCUCGUCCAAUGAAAAGGAAGAAAACUUUACAAGAAACUAUUUUUUAGGAUCAUAAAUUUUACUUAUUUUGUUGUCUUUUGCUUUCUUAGCAAAGGGCCCUCAGAGCAGAGGCAACUGUUGCAAAACUUAAGGAAGAAAUCAAAAUAUUGAAGGUACACAGAAAGACCAUUUUACUUUUUUAUUUUAAUUUUUGAUGUAAUUUUAUCUAAGAAGAAGAAGAAUUGCUGUCAGACUCUGGGGGGCGAAAAACCUGGCACAGGCUAGCUCAUGGCAAGCCAAAACAUAUCCAAAUAAAACAACAGUUUUUCUGACAAACAUGUAAAGACGCACUGGAUUAAACCUCACAACUGCAGUUUAACAUUAUUACGACAUUUUGGUUUUCUGAAUUUGCAAACCAAAGAUUUGAAGAAAACCAUAUCAAGAACUUUGGAAAAUAGUGUCUUGACAUGGUGGCCUUGUACUUUCUAUUCAAAGAGGCUUUCCAUAUAUACUCAAUGUUAAAUGCAGAAGGAAACCUAUCCGGAGCACCUGGAGCCUAGCAUUAACACUGGGUUCUUUUGCAUUCAUUAACAAACCAAAAUAAGUCCUUUGCAGUGAAAUAGUCACAAGGUGGACAAAGAUGUUACUAUAAAGAGCAUACAACAUCGUACUUUGCCUGUGACAGCCUGAUCUAUAUACAGAAACAUGGUGCAGCAAUGUAGUCGCCUGUGUUACCAAUAGUGGCUAUUCAUCUACGUGCAGGAGUUUAUGGAAGAAGCUGUUGGAUCAGCUAGAAACCCACCCUCAUUAUGGUACAGAUGUGGGGAUGACACUUUCACCAAACUACACUGCUGUCAUGUGGAGAAGUUUUUCCAGCGUCUCGACUCCCGAGAUCUACACAUCAAUUUCACCUUGGAACCAGAGGAAGACGUUAAACUAACCCUUCCUGAAACUAACCAUUAAACUAACCCCAACUGCACAGUAUACGGGAAACCAACUCAUACAGAUCAGUAUUUAAACUUUAACUCCAAUCACCAUCUAGAGAACAAACUCCCAAUCGUUCGCACCCUACUUCACUGUGCAGAUCACCAAGUGACCAAACCAGAGGACUGGGAGAAAGAGAUCAAACAUGUUCAGGAGGUCCUGAGGGCUUACGGUUAUACUUAAUGGACAUUCCAUCUGCAGAGCGGAUGAGACAAGAUCAACAUGGGUAUGCCAUACAUGCGAGGUACCUCGGAAAUCCUUCACAGAAUGAUUAAACAACAUGGAGUCAAUUUUUACCACAAGCCUUUCACCAACCUCAGACAACAGCUUUCACACACCAAGGAUAAGACCCCAACCCUACAGCAGUGCGGUAUGAUCUAUCAUGUAAAAUACAAAGACUGCGAUCAUGAUUACAUGGGAGAAAUGGCUAGGGCUCUGGGUACCAUAUUGAAGGAGCACCAAGCAUCGUCUGCAGUCAUGAACAUUGCUCUACAGCAGGUCAUUCCAUCACACCUGAUAACGUGAAGGUUAUACUCGCAGAAGACAACACUUUUAAAAGGAAGAUCAAGGAGGCUGUAGAGAUCAAAACAAGACACCCCUAUCUUUACUGUGAUGGAGGGCUAGAACUACCAAACAGUUGUGAUGAAAUUUCCUGUCAUGUGAUCACCCUGAGGUCACGUGACUGCUAUGUAACCAUGCAUCUCAGUUAUUUUAUUUUUGGAAAAUUCCAAUUCUUUAUUUUCCUCUUCUCGAUGUUUUGCUUGCUUUCCAAAAAGUUCCUUGUAACAUAAGAGACAAAACAGCCUCCUAUGAAACAAGAGACCAAAUGACUGCAUAUUAAUCUUUUGUGGAGGAAAACAUAGCUGGGGAUAGUCGAUCAAGUAAAAAAAAAGAAACAACUGUCUUCCAUUAUUUAAACUUCAUAAAACCUUAAUCCACAAUGACCUUUUUUUAUUAAUUUUUAAUUUUGUGUCAUCAAUAGUCCAGCUGUUAUCGACCAAAAAUAUAGCGAAUUGUUCACUUUUAUGAUAAAAGCAUGAAACUUUGCCAGAUUACAACCAACCCUAAGACUAACAUUUCUGGAUAUGGAGCCAAACCAAAUUCAACGCUGGACACGAGUUCUGCGCAGGCCCUAAAAUGGCCUACAUGAAAACGAGGCUGACAGUGGAAAUGCUCCUAAAAUACCGAUUUUUAAGUGUUUUGGUAAAUAAAACUUGUAGAUCUCGCGGAAGAAGACAUUUGUUUUACUGUCAUGUUAUCUUUGGUGUCACGUGACCCUUUCCUCCAAAUAUGGCGAAGCUGUUGUUGGGUGUCCUGUGCUGGAGCUGUCUUCUGUGCAUUUGGGCGUUUUAAGGGGUGAGAACGGGCACCGAUUCACACCAUUUUAAAUGAUAACACUCCGGCAACUAUUUUCCAAUUAUCAAGGGUUGGAUUUGUUUUCAUACAAAUGUCAAUUACCACAUGAAAACAAGGCAAGAAUCUUUUAAACUGUUUGAAGAGCCUCCAGUUAGCACCGCGUGCGGUCAUUUAGGGGUGGAUUCAGAUAACAUUGCAUAGAAGCUUAAACUGAUCAAAAAUUGUGAUUGUAUGGCACUCUGGCUGUUGUUUUCCAUCUAAAUGUAGAGCGCCGCUCAAAAACAAGGCAAAAAUCCUUUUGAUGAUCUCAAAUCUGGCCUCCAGUUUCUAGCCUCCACGUUCAGAUACUGCCGUUAAGCUAUUAAUAUUCAAAUAAACGAAUGAAUCGUUUAGGGAAUCCUCCGUUCAAUUAUUAACAAAGUCAGUUACAAGAUUCAGUGCUGAAUACAGGAGAUGGCCCGGCCCAAAUAGCUCUCCCCCCCUUCAUUUUGAAGAAAUGCCAAUUUGAUCCUUUGAAGUUGAAAUUAAUAUUACCGGUUGUUGCUUACAUUGAAAGCAUGAGAUAGAACAGUCUUUGAGGUAAAAAUGAACAGGUCGUGCAGUAGUAAGCGACCGUGCCUCCCCAUAUCUCUAUUAUGUCUAAAAAAUAGAUGACAGGAUGGUCUUGUAGAGACCAUUUUUGAAAUACGCAAUUUAAAGCUCCCAAAUUGAUAUUCUUUUAAAUUUUAUAUCAACACAUGAAAUAUAAACAAGAUGAUCAAUCUGAAUGUAAUAAAAAAGGCCAUGUUUUUCCCCGUUAAGGACCAGAAAUUAAUGCUUUCAAACUCAGCUCCCUGACAGAACGUCGAGCGCUUUCACAAAAAAAAAGCAAAGUUGUGGGUACGUAUGCCGUCAAGGCAGAGUAUAUUUAGAGUGCAUGCUUAUCCCUUAUAACUGAACAACAACUGAGCUACUUGAAAUAGAUGAAGGAAUUAGCUUAACUUUACUCAUAUUUCUAACGGUAAUCUUUAAUAAUAAUAAUAACAAUAAUGAUAAUAAUAAUAAUAAUAAUAAUAAUAAUAAUACUUAUAUAGCGCUGAUAUCAAUAUUGCUAUUUUCAUCAGCGCUUAAAAAUAAAAAUAUUAAAAACAAAAAACACUAAGACUGCAUAAAGUAUACAUGCAAAAAGUGCAUGAACCCACCAACAAGAGUGAAAACAAUUUUGUCAACACUAAACUGUAAAAAUUACCUAAACUACUAAACUAAAUCGUAAAAAAACUGCAUCGAGAUAAAACCUACUAAAAAUGGGAUUAAAAAGCACAUAAAAUCACAGCUUUCUGAAAUAAAAAUGUCUUGAGUGUCUUUUUAAAAGAUGCUACUGAGGGGCUACCCCUAAUCGCGUAGGGCAAUGAAUUCCAUAGUUGAGGAGCAGCAGCAGCAAAAGAUGCGGUGCUUGAAAACUUUCUCAAAUAAAUUACAAUUUAGACACACAAGCCGUAGGCAACUACAGAUGGUUAAUUCAUACCACUCGAAUGAAAGAGAAUUUUCGAAUAAUUGGCACAAAAUUACUAUGAUUUGAGCAUUUCAAGUCAUUGCACUAGCUAGCCGUGAUGCAACACUAACUUGAAGGUGGUACACUUUAGGUCCAAAGAGCGCUCGUUACCUUAUAAUUAGGGAAAGUUUAAAUUCAAUUAUCGACUUCUCGGUUAAUGUUUUUCAAUUUGGGAAAGUGUACCUCAUAUGAAAGGUUCAUAACCAAUUAUAUUGGACGAACUACAAUAUUUUAAAACGUUACAGAAAUAAAAUCCCUGGUUGUGUACUAAUCUAAGCCGAGAAAAAUGUUAUCUUUUUCUACCACAAAAGUUGAUAAUGUCAACGUUUUGUGCAUCGGUCCAGCCACAGACAAGUUGACCUUUUAUGCGACAAAAAGUUCCAAAUCAAAGGAAAAUAGCGAAACAUCCAACCAAUAGAGCUGGUUUCUAUCGCUAACUUUACAACCACAAGUGAGUGUUCUACUACAGACAUCAAAGGGGGGUUAAGAGUGUAUCUUUAACAGACCAGUUAAUCAGAAACCAAUAAUAAUGGAAACUGCUGAGAAAAUUAAAAUGCUAAGGGUUUGCAGUGGGUAGGAAGAGAUUCGUAUGGGGUUUUGGGACUUGGGCUGCUUUAUUAUCCCACUCAACACUAAGAUCAUCAUCGUUCUCAAAGCAGCCGUAUAUACAGCUUAAUCUCUUCCACGAGCUCGACUUAUUCUGUAGACAGGCUGCUUGGAGUAUUUGGCUCCAUGUGUAAUGACAAAGAUUAGCUUCAGCUCAUACUCCGCGAACUUCAUAUUGUUCAAAAUGCUCAGCAGGCAGUUUACCAGUACCAGAUGAACAGCAGCUUAGUAACAGAACUGAGUUGAAAAGGAGGGUGUGGCUCAUUCAUUGCUUAUAUAACCGCAAGUCACCUUAUUCAAAAUGACGGUAGGUGCACCAACUAACGAAUCUGUGUAUCCAUUUAUGUGCAAAACAAAACAGAAAUACCCUUCUAAAAUCGGUGAAGAAUAGUAAUCGAAACAGUGAAAUCUUUCCAUGAAUGAGAAGAUGGGAAUUCAUAUGGUGAAAUGAGAUUUUACUAAUGUCGUAGAUCCCUAAUCCUAAGAAAAUUUAUUCCGCAUACUUUAAAACUGUGCUGCACACAUCCCACCAACAUAAGUUAACGCUCUUGCAUCUUGUUUGCAUAAACUGAAACCGACUGACAGUUAAUUCGUGGUCCAGACAUUUUAUACUAGUUUGAGUGAUCAUCAACAGUUAAAUCAGAACCCAUUCCACCAAUGAGGCGAUGCUAGUUAUUUUAGUUAUCCAUGUAUAGUAUGGACGCCAAAGAAAAUGAUGUCAGUGUCACGUGGGCGUUGAGUCCUGAUCUAAGCUUGCAUUGGUAUUGAGAUCCCUGACAUCAUUUGCCAACUGAAUGAAUGUAAUUGAAAAAUUUGUGGGAUAUGUUUGUUGAAAGGGAAAACAGUCUGUAGCCUUGUUCACGGGAGCAAUUUGAAUGCAAGCGUAAUUAAGGACAAUCGAUUUUUACGUAAUCAAUGCAAACUCAAGCACGGUGAGAUAAACAAGCCCAUUUGAUUAUCCUUGAUCCCAUCAUGUCGGACAGACAUUUUUUACCUUGCGUUUGCGUUAGCCUGCGAUCAAGGUCUCUCGAUUAACACCCCUCCCUCUUGCGUCUCCUUUUGAGUGUAGUUUGCAUGUGACGUUUCACGAUAGCCCCAAAUAGACAGCCAGAACGUCGGCUGCAAUUGUUUUUUCCUGGUUGACAAGCGUUAAGUGCAAACAAACGCGUUUGGGGAAGGAGUUAGUUCAAUUGUUUUUUUCGCCUUGCACUUGCGUUUGUUUAUCCAGCCCUCAUUAUCUUCAAUAAAACGAGGUAAGAAGUGAAAGAGAAGCUAAAGUGACCUUCACAGCGUUUCCUCAACUCGAGUAGCGCUCAUGCAACAUACCUGUCGAGCAGUGCAUGAAUGAGAUAUGUAUAGGGAACAACACUUCUGAGGCAAACGAGUCUAAAGGUUUUAAUUUUGACUAAGGGGUAUAUCGUGGCAGUUUGUGGCUAUGAACUCAUUAAAUGAAAGAAAAACUGCUUCUUUUGGACGGUGUGGAUUCACCAUUGGCAAAACUGGUGUACAACCUACUCUUCAGAUACAAUGACAUCUACAACUAUCUUGUGGAUACAACUGUCAGAAAGGGGGGCUUUUCAAUUCCUUAAAUAUGGCAUAUUUAAGGAAAAAGUCUAUGUCAUGUGACUUUCCAUUGUCGUCUGUGGAGAAAAAAACGCAGCAAAAACUCCGUGCGAUCACAAUUUUUUAUUAAUUCAGGCUUUUGGGCAAUGCUCUAGGAAUCCAACACAAGAUGACGCACGCAGGGUUAACCGGAGGCUUUUCAAACCGCUGAAAAGAUUUUUGCCUCGUUUUCAUGUAAUGAUUUGCAUUUAUGUGGUAAAAAACAGCCCUUGAUAAUUGAAAAAUAGUUGCAAGAGUGUUAUCAUUUAAACUUGCCUGAAAAGGUGGCCCUUCUCACACCUUUAAAAGCACAAAUGCACAGAAGACAGCUUCAGCACAGGACACCCAACAAUAACCUCGCCAUAUUUGGAAGGUGGGGUCACGUGACACCAAAGAAAGCAUGACAGCAAAGCAAAUGUCUUCUUCCACAAUAUCUAUGACUUUUAUUUACAGUAACACUCAAUAAAUGGUAUUUUAGAAGGAUUUCCACUAACAGCCUCGUUUUCAUGUAGGCCAUUUUAGGGCCUGCGCAGUAUUCGUGUCCAGUGUUGAAUUUCGCUUGGCUCCAUAUCCAAAAAUGUUAGUCUUAGGGUUGGUUGUAAUCUGGCAAAGUUUCAUGCUUUUAUCAUAAAAGUGAACAAUUUUGGUCGAUAACAGCUGGACUACAAACCAUGUUUGACAAGAAUCAUUUGUCUCUAUAUUCUACACCAGACAGAGUCAGUUCCCAUAGCAACAUAUAAUCAACUAUUGGAUGCUAAUCAAUGUACAAUGUCAGCCGUGAGAGAUAAGGCACGAGCAGCUGCUGACCAGAUGAAUGCAGCAGCAAAGAAUGCUGAGCAAGCUAUAAGGUGUGUUAUUCAUAUGCUUCCUCAAAGGGUAUGUACAUGUAGAAAGGUUUUAUUUUUCAUGCAAUAUGUAUCCAGGCAGGAAGAAUAGAACAGAAUCUAGAGAGAAAAGUGUUUGAAAAAAGAGGUGCACCCAUGUUUUUCAGACUUGAGAUGUCUGAUAUUUCUCAAAUAUAGGUGAAACACUGUGAUAAGUGUUUGAUGUAGCUUUUCAAAGUUAUGAGAUCCAAAACGUUAUCAGGAAAGUCAAGCUAAAGUUGGCAAAUGACUUCAUGGCAGUUCAGGUUCAAACGCCCUAAUCUCUCUCAUGGCAACUCCAUUUCUGUUAUUUUCUAGUACACCUGAAUCAUAAUGUAUCAGUUAACUGAACUUCUCCGCCCCCCUCCUCCAACCCCCAGGAGAUAGAAUAGCCAUGGAUUUUAACAAUGCAGUGGGGCCCUUUGAGCGGCUAAGGUUUUUUGCAAGAUGACAUUUGUAAUUUUAUCUGAGGACCCAGGGAUACACUGAAAAACCAAUUCCAGAUCAAGACUGCCGGAUAAUAUUAUUAUUAAGAUGUUGUCGAUGAGGUAGUAGCAAUGAAGGGUGAUGGUUAAUUUUCUCCGAGUUUGACGGUUGAGGAUUAAAUUUUAGAGCUUUUGACGUUUGACGGUUAUAAAGUGGAAAUUUAGUCCAGGAGUUUUAGAAAAUAUUAACGUCUGUAUAAAUUUAUGUUAACAGUUGUGUUUUAAAGAUUGUCUUGGCGUUUAAAAUUUCAAAAUAGUUUGAGAUAUAAGCAUAAGGUAGCCUGUGUACACAGGCUUGUUUUAAGGUCUUGUAAUGUCCAGAAGGAGUGUUUUUGAGAACAUGGGAACUGGUUUUCCAGUUUGGAGAUUUUUCAGGAGCCAGAAGUCCAUGAACAUCAGCUGAAAUACCAAAAAAAGAAAGAUUUGAAAUGCGUUGGAACUUUUUAACGGUCUGCAUUUUUUACUUUUGACGGUAAAAAUAUUACAAUUGACAACAGACGGUGAAAUUUUAGGCCGUUUGACAGCUGACGUUUAACCCCUUUGAGACCCUUUGAGACCCUCUAUUAAAGGUCAAAUUUUAGUAUAAAACUAAAAGGCGGCGUCCAAGUUAGUAAUUAUUAUUAUCACAGUUUUUGGAACGCAUUAUGCAUUGCCUCAAUGUGUGUACAGAAUUAAAGUUAGUGGUGUUGUGAAGUACUAAUGGUGUCCUUUAUAAUAUGUUAUCAACUCUUUAGAGAAAUGUCUGUUGAUUUUGUUCAUUUUUUUUAGCCAACUUCUAGCUGGAGUAGACACAGUGAAGUUUAUAUCACAACAGCUGGAUUCCAUUGACAGAAUAACGGAUGUCCAUGUUCACUCUGAUAAUGGAUGACACUAAUUGUCACCUAGCUACACUGUAUUGAAAAGCCUAGAUCCCUCAUGGUUCUUUUUAUGACAGAGAUAUAACAAUUUUAUAAAUAAAAUUUUUCUACCCUUUGGAAUUAAAAGUGAGUAAAGAAUUACACGCUUAAAAGAUACCACACACGGCUAACGGCAGGGUUGAUACAGCUAUUUCGAGAAAGGUUGUCGGCAAAAAUGUGGACGCGACAAUCCCGAAAGGUAAUAUGGGAUAUGAUCGAUACACUGUUCCUGACGACUGUAGCUGUCGAACCUACUGUAGCACUCGCAAACAUAUUUCCAUGGACUUUUGUGCCAAUUCUUUCAAAUUUCUCUGAAGAACAGUGAACUCAAAACCACCCACGAUGCCUUUCGGGAUUGUCGCGUGCACUUUUUCCGACAACCUUUCUCGAAAUAGCUGUACACUUGUCAAUAGAGUGUUUUCACAUGACGUCACGGCGGCCAUAUUGGUGUCCCAAAACAAUGAAACGGUGGCCAUGUUAGUGUCCCAAACCAAUCCUUUGGGAGUUAAACUCUUUUCUUAUGCAAAUGCUUUCUUUUGUUCCAAUAAAUUUGCAUAAAUUAAUGAUGCACGACCAAGUGAGUGACAACGCUCUUUAACACGGAUAAUGAAGAUCAGUAAUUAGUAUUUAUUUUAUAAUGGGAAGUUUUCACAAGAUUCUACAAAUCAAUGUGGAAUGUCUUUGAUGUCGUUUAAUAAACUCGCAGUACGUGUUUUAUCAGGUCUAAAAUGACGAGCCGAAGGCGAGUGAUUUUAGACCCGAUAAAACACUGCUGCUCGCUUAUUAAACAUUACAUAAUCGUCCCUAUUUAUAAAGCGCUUUUUGCAUAAAAGUCCAAAAGCACUUACAGCGUCUUACAUAAUUGCAAUAAAGUGUAAAACUUUAAAUAAUUAGCUUGCAAGUUGGUCUUCAAGAAUCUUAGACGUUAGAAGAAAUUCUACAUAAAGCUAUGAAAAUUAAUGUAUGCUUUUCGAAAAAGAGGUGUCUAUUUUUUUUGAAUACACUGUGUCUCACAUAAACGUAUAUUUUUGGUAAAGAAUUCCCGAGAGAGAAGGCGCAAAUACCGUUAAGACCCGUACAAACUGCCCCAACAUUGUUGGAUGCAUCUGUUUGCACACCCUGUUGGAUGUUGUUUGGAGUUGUUGCACAAAGUUUGAAACCGGUCAAAAGUUUAGCUACGUGCAACGGGACGCAACAACUCCCAACAUUGUUGGCUCAUCAGUGUUGUUAGACAAUCAUUGCUGACUCCAAUGGAGAGCGGGCUUUUCACGACCCUAUUGGAGAAAUAUGUCCAAAAUAGUAAACCUAGUAGCCGGAUUACUUAAGUGUAUUUUGCUUCUUUUAAAAGCUAAACAAAUGGCCGUUUCAUAAAUUCUUGGCUUGUCACACCACAUACUUUUUGGUUUUAGUUAGUACCUAAUUUUCGCUUAAUUGUCUAGUGUGUUUUGCGUGUGUGUGUGUGGUUUUUUUUAAUUGGUAAUAGUAUUAGUCUGUAAAUUGUGAAUUUUUUUUUCUGUUUCAGCUUUCUUUCUUGAUUGUAAUUAACUUAUAGUUGUUCUGGUAGAGGU